AAAGCCCAAAACUAACAAACCCAAAAUCAAUUUACAUAUUCAACAACCUCUAGAGACCACCAUCCACUAUAUAAACACAAAUAACAAAUGAGUUCUUCUCAAUGUCGGACUUAUCCCACUCUUUUAAAUUCACACUUUACUAUUUUAAAGUCUCAACUCUCAAGAAUUGGUGUUUAUUUUUCCAACUUCCGACCCAAUUCCCUCCAAUUUGCAUGCAUAUUCUAGCAGAAUUUGAGCAUGAGUGGAUUGAAACUCAGGGAUUGAUUGCUGAUGCUCGUACGCUUGUUGAGCAUGCACGGGUUGAAACUCAGAUAUUGCACUGAACCUUCUGGCACAUUUUGGCAGUGCAAGGCAAAAGCUAUUGGCUCAGGAUCUGAAGGCGCUGACAGUUCUCUGCAAGAACAAUACAACAAGGACUUAACUCUAAGUUUGGUCAUCACAAAAAUUUCAAAGUUGGUGACUACUCUAAAUCCUCUUUUGGAUUGGUCCUCACAAAAUUCUCAAAUUCGAUGAUUAAUAUAAAGAACCCAAAUAAUAUAUAUUCAUCAAUACAAC